AUGUCUCACGACACAGCUGAAGGAUCAUUGGAACCGGAUUCCAAAAGAAUUAAGUUAGAUACUGCUGAAGAGAUAGGGUCCCAAGAUUCAGACUCAAAUAGAAUUAAAGGGAUCGCUCCAAUCAAGGCAGAAUAUAUUCUUGAAAAACAAGUAGCUCAGAACGAGGUAGAACAUGAUGACGAAGCGGAAGGCCAGGGUCUCACCGAAAGAGGUAACGGAGGGGAGAAUGGAGUGAAGAACAAGAAGAAAAAUAGGGGCCAAAAUAAAAAACGUAACCUUGUCCAAGCCAAUGAGACUAUAAAACUAUGCGAGCAGAUCAAAGGUGGAGCUGCGGAAUGUAAAUUUGGCGAGAGCUGCAAAUACGAGCAUGAUGUCGCCAAGUAUAUUGCUUCAAAACCUACUGACAUUCCUGGAGUCUGCCCAGUUUUUGCAGCUAUAGGAUAUUGUCCUAUUGGAUUGAGGUGUAGGUGGUUGACCUCGCACUUCUCUAAUAACAAGUUAGACGUGAAUGAAGAAUUGAAAUCAAAGGCGCUCUUGGAAAAUUACGAGGUUAAUAGGAUUGACAUUAAAGACCAGAUGUUGUUGAACCGUAAGAAAUUUGAUUUUCCCAAGUCUGAAGGCGUCAUUAAGUACCUUGAUGAUAGAAUCGUGCGCAACGAGAAGGGUCAAGCAUCUGAAAACACCGAAAAUGCUGACAAUUCAGAUAUCACGGAAAAGAAAGAUCUGGCUGCCAGCUUUAUAGAAUCUCCGCUGCUUGCUACGGAAAAGAAAAAGCUUUAUUUAAAAGGCGCUAAGAUUUUGUCCCCGCUAACAACGGUUGGCAAUCUACCAUAUCGUCGAUUAAUGAAAAAGCUUGGAGCAGAUGUCACUUAUAGUGAGAUGGCACUGGCACUCCCAUUACUACAGGGCCAAAAAUCGGAGUGGGCGUUACCACGUGCCCAUUCAUCAGAAGUAGGUGGAUUUGGCGUCCAGAUAGCGACCUCAAAGCAUUGGCAGGCCAUAAAAGCUGCAGAAGCUAUUGCCAAGUUUGCACCCCAUACCUCCGAAAUAAAUCUUAACUGUGGCUGCCCAAUCGAUCUUUUAUAUAAGCAGGGUGCAGGAUCUGCUCUACUUGAUAAUCAAGGUAGGUUAAUGAGAAUGGUUGUUGGCAUGAAUGCUGUCAGUGGUGAUAUCCCUGUCACCGUGAAAUUACGAACGGGAACCAGGGACGGACACCCAACUGCAAGAAACAUAGUAUCUAGGCUUCUGGAGAAUGGUCAAGUCGCAUCUAUCACUCUUCACGGUAGGUCUCGUGCUCAAAGAUAUACUAGACUAGCUGAUUGGGAUUACAUAAAGGAUAUUGCAGAUUUUGUCAAGGAGAAGAGAGAGGGAAAAUUAUUAGAAGGCGAAGAAGGUGAUGGUCGUAUCGUAAAACCUUGGAUCAUUGGAAAUGGUGAUAUUUUCUCUUGGAAGGAUUGGUAUGAUGCUAUCGAGAAAUUCUCGGUUGAUAGCUCCAUGGUUGCGCGUGGCGCAUUGAUCAAGCCAUGGAUAUUUGAAGAAGUUGAUGCUCGUCAAUACCUUGAUAAAUCAGCAACGGAGAGGUUGGAGAUAGUUAAGACUUAUGCCAAUUAUGGCUUAGAACAUUGGGGAUCUGACACAUAUGGAGUUAACCAGACUAGGAGAUUCCUUUGCGAAUUUCUCUCCUUCACUCAUAGGUAUAUUCCGGUUGGUAUUCUUGAAUAUCUCCCCCCUCGUAUAAACGAUCGCCCACCAUUAUGGAAAGGACGGAAUGAACUUGAAACCCUGUUGGCCAGUACAGACUAUAAAGACUGGAUAAAGAUUUCCGAGAUGUUUUUAGGACCUGCUAACGAGGGAUUUGAGUUUGCACCGAAACAUAAAAGUAAUGCGUAUGAAUCCUAG